AUGCCCACCUCUCCAUACCCUCCCCUCGACAUCCCCAACCUAGACCUCUGGACAUUCCUAUUCGAACGCAAGAGACCCUUCCCCGAUGACAAAGUGAUCUUCCGCGAUGCGGAGUCCAACCGACACUACACCUUCGGGGGCGUCCAAACCGCAGCCCUCGAGUUCGGCAAAGGUCUCCGGUCUCUCUUCGACUGGCAAAAGGGCGACAUGCUGGCCCUUUUCACGCCGAAUAGCAUCGACACUCCCGCGGUGAUGUGCGGAACCCUAUGGGCAGGGGGCGUCGUCACCCCUGCGAAUCCGGCAUACACGGUCGAUGAACUUGCGUUCCAGUUGAAAGCCUCGGAAGCGAAAGCGCUCGUUACGCAAACUGCCCUGUUACAUGUUGCUCUCGAAGCCGCACACAAGGUCGGGAUCCCUGAGGAUAGGGUCAUUCUGAUCGGGGACGAGCGCGCCCCGAAUCCAACCCGGGUGAGGCAUUUCUCGUCAAUCCGCAACACAUCCGGCGCUACACGCUAUGUCAAAGUCAGAGUGACCGAGCCCAGAGAGGAGAUGGCGUUCUUAGUUUUCUCAUCAGGAACGACCGGGCUUCCGAAGGGCGUGAUGCUUUCGCAUGCAAACAUCGUAGCGAAUAUUCUGCAACAUGCGGCGGGCGAAGCUGGCCGCUUGACAUGGGCCGAGGACCGCGUUCUCGCUUUUCUCCCGUUCUUUCAUAUCUACGGACUGACCGUUCUAGUCCACAAGGCGCUAUAUACGGGGUACGAGCUCGUAGUGAUGAGCAGCUUCAGCAUCGAGAAAUGGUGCGCGAUCGUGCAAUCCCACCGGAUUACGUUCGCGUAUAUAGUCCCACCGGUGGCUCUGCAGCUGAGCAAGCACCCGGCGGUGGGUAAGUAUGAUUUAACGAGCCUGCGCAUGAUGAAUUCAGGCGCUGCGCCGCUCACGGCGGAUCUAGUGGAGGCUGUUUAUGCUCGGAUCCACGUUGGGCUUAAGCAGGGGUAUGGGCUUAGCGAGACCAGUCCCACGACUCAUACCCAGGGCUGGGACGAGUGGCGGUCUCAUAUCGGGUCGGUGGGAAAGCUGCUGCCGAACCAGGAGAUUAAGUUCGUGGCUACGGAUGGUUCAGAAGAGAGCGAGGGCCAGGAAUUGCCUGUUGGUAAAGCAGGUGAGAUAUACCUGAAAGGACCGAAUGUCUUCAUGGGGUAUUUCAAGAAUCCCGCUGCGACAGAGUCUGCGCUCUCGCGGGAUGGGUGGUUCCGGACAGGGGAUGUGGGGUACCAGGACGAAGAGGGGAAUCUAUAUAUCACGGACCGGGUUAAGGAGUUGAUUAAGUAUAAAGGGUUUCAGGUGGCGCCGGCUGAGUUGGAGGGGGUUUUGGUGGAGAACGAGGCUGUUGACGAUGUGGCGGUGAUUGGGGUGGAGAGCAAAGAGCACGGCACGGAGGUUCCUUUGGCGUUUAUAGUCCGGAGUGCGAAGAGUAAGCGUUCCGGGGUGACUGAGAAUGAAGAAGCAGGGAGGAUUGUUCGGUGGCUGGAUGGGAGGGUCGCUCGGUAUAAACGACUGCGAGGAGGGGUGCGCUUCGUGGAUUCUAUUCCCAAGAGUGCGAGUGGGAAGAUUCUUCGCCGGGUGCUCAGGCAUAUUGAGCAGACUACGGUGAAAUCCAAGCUGUGA